AAAAAAACUGUAAAAAAAACAAGUGAACUGACACAAUUAGAUAUAAAAUAAAAGAAAAAGCGUACAAGCUUAUUAAACCUAUUUUGAUAAGCACAAAGUGAGAGGAAAAAAAUAAGGAGAGCGGACAGCAAAUUGCAAUUGCGCUUGCACACACAAUUUAUAAAACAAGACUGAAAAAUCACAUCCACAAACACACACACAGUCCACCUCACAAAUACUUGAAAAAAGCAAAGAUGUCAUCACGUUCCAAAGAGAGAGUAGUCACCGCAUUUCGCAAAAUCUUCCACAAGUCCAGCAACAACAACAACAACAAUAACAACAACAACCAUAACAACAAUAAUAAUAACAACAACAACGAUAGGAGCAGCGAUAAGGUUGAUGGCGCCGACCACAGCAGCAGCACUAGCAGCAGCAACAGCAACAACAAUAACAACAACAAUCCGGUUAUUGAAGCCAGCACAACAGCAGCAGCAGCGGCGUCGACGGCGGCAGCGAUAACUGGAGCUGGCAACGAGGCGGCAGCAGGCGCAGCAGCAGCGCAGUCGACGAACGCUAAAAAUGCCGUGGUGCGCGUCGCAGCCGAGCAAGCCGUGUGCGAUUCGCCAGGCAAGCGACGUCGACAGGAUCACAAAGUUGCACCGUCUAAUAGCCGCUCGCUAGUGACAGCUCCAGAUCAGACCAUACGCUCACGUCGCCUCAUGAAGGAAUACCGCGAAAUGGAACGCCUGCAGAGCAAGAACGAUGCCACCUUUACGGUGGAUCUGGUCAAUGAUAGCCUUUUUGAAUGGCAUGUGCGGCUGCAUGUCAUCGAUCCGGACUCGCCGCUGGCCCGCGAUAUGGUUGAGAUGGGCGUGACCGCCAUACUGUUGCAUUUGAGCUUUCCCGAUAACUUUCCAUUUGCGCCGCCAUUCAUGCGUGUGGUGGAGCCGCGCAUCGAGAAGGGCUAUGUGAUGGAGGGCGGCGCCAUAUGCAUGGAAUUGCUAACACCGCGUGGCUGGGCCAGCGCUUACACUGUGGAGGCGGUCAUCAUGCAGUUUGCGGCCAGCGUUGUCAAGGGUCAGGGUCGCAUUGCGCGUAAACCAAAAAGUACAAAGGAGUUUAGUCGACGUCAGGCGGAGGAAUCGUUCCGCUCGCUGGUGAAAACACACGAGAAAUAUGGAUGGGUUACGCCCGCUCUGGCCGAUGGUUAAAUCUGAAGUCGAUGAUGAAUCCCGCCGCGCUGCUCAGCGCCAGCUCUUGCGUUUGCCAAUAACAACCAUAACAACAAACAACACACACAUAGUCAACUCCAACUCCGAUUUCCAUUCACCGCUCAUUAAAAAUACUAUAUUAAAGUAUAUACAAAAUAUAUAUAUAUACAUAUAUAGAAUUGAUUAACUACAAACUAGUUGUAGAUUGCUUUUCCUGAUUUUUCAAUUCUCUACUUCGGAAAAAUGUAGUCAAGUAAAUAUGUAAACGAUUUCAAUUGUCGCAAAUGAAUACCAUCCAUAAACAGAAUGAGAAGUUUAGCAGGAAACUGGCGUCAACUAAAGAACUUAGCUUAACAUGUAAUUUAGCUGUAGUCAUCUCAAUGAAAAUUAACUAAAAACAAAAUAAGAAAAAAUCAUAUUUCAACUGAGUAUUAUGUGAAUUCUUCAAUAACCAUUUAAGUUCCACACAUACGCAUAUUUAUUUACAGUUAAGCUAAAAAAUGAAA